GUGUUUUGGAUUGGGAUGAAUAUCCUACCACAUAAAAGUUGGCAUGUACGGACAAAGAAGAACAUCGAGAGAGUUCGUAAAGAUGAAGAGAAAGCUGCUGAAGAGGAGAAAGAGAGGCUGAGGAAGAUUGCUCUUGCAGAGCAAGAAGCGAGAACAGAUUUGCUCCGAAAACGAGCAAAGUCUCGUAUUGAGCAUGCCCCUUCGGAUCAGAUAGAAGAUGGACCCGUAGCGGGAGCUGGGGAGCUACAGGGAGGUGAAGAGGCUGAGUCUACAGCUGUGUUAGAGGCUGAGUCUACAGCUGUGUUAGGGGCUGAUCACCAGCCACGACACAUCAACUUCUUCAAGGAAAUAGAAGAUGGGAUGAAGAAGCAUGGUAAAAAUGCAGACCAUGAGGCGGAGAAGAAGGCUGAGAAGGAGAAGUGGGAGAAGAGCAUCGGCUUGCUGACAUACCUGGGUCAGAGCGCAGUGGAGACUCAGGAGUCUUCCCCCUGGUAUCUGGUGCCACAGAAGAGGAAGCGGAAGAAAGAUGACGAGGAAGAGGAGGAGGAAGAAGAAAAGAAAUUUGAUUUGAAGUCAAUGAAGGAACGCAAAAGACAGGAACACCUUGACCCUAUGAACAAGAUGAAAGAAUAUGUCCACAAGAAAAAACACAAGCACCACAAAGAAAAGAAACACAAGCACCACAGCAAGGUCAAGGACCACCACAGCAGGGUCAAGGACAGCAAGGUCAAGGAUCACAAACACAAGAAGGGCUCCAGUCAAGGCAGUUCCAGUAAGACGAUGGAGCAGCUACGUGCAGCGCGGUUGCGGAGGGAGGGGGAUGAGAGGAAGAAGACACAGAUGCUGAUGGCAAGGUUACGUGGAGACGCACCAGCCGAACCUGUGGAAGAACCUGUUGGUGAUCGACAACGGAAAUAUAACUCUCAGUAUAACCCAGAGUCUGUGCGGCAGCCGAAGAAGAAAUUCAGACCAUCUGAUGUGUAUGUCUAAGUGACAGAUUAGUGUUUGAUGGAUGCUUGACAGAGACAUGCUCAGUGGAAGUAUUCUUCAGUUGGAGGAGAUUGUUUGUGUGCAUGAGUGAGUGAGUGAGUGAUGCUGGUCGUCAUUAAUAUCACUUUGAUUUAAACAAUGAGUUUGAAUUGGUCCUAGAGGAUCGUAAUGCACAACUCAGAACAGUGUGUGAAUUUGUGUCUGCAUGCAUUUGUGUGUUUGUGUGUGUGCAUGCAUGUGCCUGUGGGUAUUUUAAAGAGUUUAUGAGUGUGUGUGUUUGCGUAUCGAAUGUUUUGGUACAGUACACAUAAUCUGUACAUCACCACAAAUUUAUUUUGGGGGCAAUUGUAUUUCUGUGACAGUGAGCAUUUCUGUUUGAUCCCAUGCAAAUAUUUCUAUCAGCCUAAGUAACCAACAUGUUUAUCUUUUGGAAACACUUGUUGUUGCAGCUUAUUAUUUGUUGGUCUUUUUUUAUCUCAGAUUUGAGAAUAAUUUCUACUGACAUCAGUUACACACAUGUAAAACAUUUAGAAAUUGUAAAUAAAAAUGAACUGACCUG